UCCUUCAAACAAUCAACUUUAGGGCGUAGCAAAAAGAAUUUUUUAUUAUUUUUAGGCUUUUAACCCUUAAUUUUCUCGAAAUUCGCACGCACAACAUCGAAGAUGCGACAACUCUUGAUCGUCCUUGUCUUAUUUUUCUGCAUCACAAUCUGUUCGGCAAUUUGGUGUUAUCGAUGCACUUCAGCCACUCCGGGAUGCUCUGACAAAUUCAAUUGGCGCGGCAUCGGAUUCCUCGGCGAACAGUGCCCCGAAGACGAUGAUAUUUGUGUGAAAAUUACCGAACGCAAGGGUGCCUUGGAGGUCAUUACGCGUGAUUGUCUGAGUGCAUUGAAGCCAUUCCGCACAGACAUUCCCCCAGAUCACUACGAGGGCUGUUAUCCGGCGGCAAAAGACGUGAGAUUGGGACAUUACGUGAACAAUUCCAUCAAAGAGCUCGAUAUUCAUCGGGACUUUUUCCCGCAUGUCGAGUACUGUUUCUGCUUCCUCGAUCAUCGAUGUAACGGAGUCUCGAAAACGCAGGUGUCAGCAUUCGCGAUUGUGUUUGCUACUGCGUGGAGAUUUUUCUUUUAAGUGAAAACGAAGUCAAAGCGAAUCAACGUUCCGUCCAUAAAAAAUACUUCUAAGACAAAACUAAGUUAGGAUUUUAAGUUUCAAAAUGACGUCCAAAAGUGCAGUUAAUAGAACAAUAAAUUUUAUAUGAAAAA